AUGAGCUGGGCUCAGUGUCCCUCUAGCUGCUCGGAGGAGGAGCAGUCGUGGUGGACGGUGUUGUCUGACUGCUCGGAGAAGCAGUCGUGGUGGAUGGUGUCAUCUCGUUGUCCCUGUGUUGCCACGCCGCCAGCACGACUUCUGGACAACUUACCAAAAGUUGUUCGCCUGUUGACGACACCUGACAUGUUGCACAGAGAGGCGCCGCCUUCUCUCCGUGUGACAGCUGUGUUGCACCUGGACCAGCCGAGGGCCAUCUACCGCAGUGCCAGCGAGGGUGCCAAGUGGAAGAUUGUGAUUGAUGGCUCGUCUCCUCCCAACUCCCGUGAUGCUGCUACUACUGCUGCUGCUACUGGCUAUGAGGGUCGCAAUGAACGGCCCAAGAGUCCCGUGGAGAAGCAGCCGACGUGGCCCAUCUACCCUCACUUUUUACACGCCAGACCCAGACUCAUCCACCAGGACAACAUCCAGCAGCAGCUGCAGCAGCAGCAGAAUAAGCAGAACCAGCAGAGGAGUGUGGAGGGGGAAAGGCGGAGGGGAGAACUACCUCGCCAGGACGCUGUAGCUGAGGAAGUUGAUGCUAGGGAGACUGAUCCUCUCAAGCCUGAUGAACCCAGCAGAGACGUACAGGACAGUAUCUGCAGCGCUGACCUGCCAGCUCCAGCCCACACGCCUCGCUCAUCACGCCCACGCCUCCUCAAGACUCCGAACUGCCUGGGCGUGGGCAACCUGUGGCCACGACGACCAUCCGUGUCGUCCAGAUCGUGUUCGGACGACAAAAGCGACGCGUCGGAGUGUUCGCGGUCAGACAGCAUACAGAGCGAGCAAGGAGCACCUGAGAUGGUGACUCUCUCUGUCAACUCCAUGUGCUCCUUCACGGAGAGCGGCGGGUCUGCCAUGUCUCCAGGCUCCUCCAGGCUCUCCCUUCGCUCGGAGCUCUCUCGGACCCACUCCCUUUCUCAGCCCUACCCCAGGUCCAACACCACUGUCGAGCGUCACCCCAGCUUCAGACUCCAGCUGCCAGGACAAGAAUCACAGCGUUCCCGUCGCCCCUCCCUGCUGAGCUUGCGUUCCCUGGCUCGCUCCCUCAAUCCCUACUUCAGUAUGGACUACGACUACGACUCCUUCGACUAUGACCCGACGCAAGGCGGUCCGGGAGGCGGCAACCAGACCCACCAUCUUCUGCACAACCCGUACAACCUGCCCUACCUGCCCGAACCAGUGCCCAAACUAUCGUUCACGCAGAAACUGGCGUUCCCGACCCUCGUGCAGAACUCCAUCGACCGACCCAAGCCCAGAGACCCAUACAUGGAGGCCGAGCACAACAUGAACACCUUCGCCAAGAUCAUCACAAUAGUUGUCCUCGCCCUAGUCACCGUCCUCGUUCUCGGUGUCCUUUACAAGCUCCUUCACUAAGUGCUUCUUCUGGUCGUCCUCGUGUUCGUGCUCACACACACACACACACACACACACACACACACACACACACACACACACACACACACACACACACACACACACACACACACACACACA